CACGGUCGGAAUCAAGACACGCAUUCGUUAUACACAGUCGCUAUUCGCAACUAUUAUCCGCAUUCGCUACCAAUUCUCUCGUCGUUCCAAUAUUGAGAAUAUCGAAUAUCUGACACCACUACUUUAGAAGCCCACAAAUCAGCAGUCGCCGAAACGCUUAAGCUGCUACUUCGUUACCUAUAACUCAAUAUGGAUAUCCAACAGAGGCACGAUAUCAUCUUUAAUAUUCGACCCGAUGGCGUCGUAGAGAUGCCAAACUGGGGGGCAGAGCUGAUGUUUGCUUACCUGCUUUACUCUCCACACUCCUGGCCGGAGAUUGCUAGAAGGUUGAAGACACUCCGGCCGUUUGGAGAGCACCUCGAUCAAUAUAACCUCAUAUACGCUUUCUGUGUGGCGCUAAACACUCGAAACCCGAUUCUAUUUGGCCUGCUCGACCACGAUGCUACUUUAAAUCGCUAUCAAGCGCCUAUCCUGAUCGAGUCAUUAUACGAUGAACAAUCUAACCCGUGGUUGUUCUGGGACCGCCCUGCCGGAAUGGAUAUUAGACGUAUUGUCUCUCAGCUAAUGAAUGUACGGAGACGGGCUACUGAGCUCAGUACAAGCAGUGGGCGCCGUUGGCGCCGUGAUCUCCGAGUGCGUUGGCGGCAAUUUUGUGGACUGGUCGACACUUACGGCUCAUGUGCAUGUUCAGACCUUGAUUGGUUAGGCUUGGCAAGGCAGUCUGUCAUAAACCUGGUAGGUAUCUCAAUUUCCUGCGCUCUUUAAGAUGUUAAUCGGACCUCUAGCCACGAUCUCUUGCUCAGGGAUAUACCCAGCGUCCGGUCUGUACACAUGAGACUCCUUGCUUUGUUCUUACAAUUGAUAAUCUACAGGUCCAAUUGCGAGGAGGACGUCGAGGUCCAGAUGUAAGUAGCCUCCAUUACGUAUGAAGCUUCAAAAAUUGACAUUUGCUUAGACACGCCAUAAUAGUCCGCAUCCUUCUGUACGGGUUCGUAACUAUCGGAAUCGACUAGUCCUCAAG